AUGAGACGUAAUUUAUAUGAAGAAACCACGAUUCUCAUUGAGGUCAUUGAUGACUUCGUUAGCGCAACCACAGAAGGAAAAAUCAAAAAUUUCAUAACAAAGGAUGUAGUGAAAGGCGCAAUUUCGCUUGUUGUGAACGCCGCCUAUUUCAAAGCCGAUUGGCUGUACAAGUUCAGUGGCAGAUCGACAACAAAAGAUUUCUUUCACCGUUCCGAGAACGAUAAGAAACGGACAGAGUUCAUGAAACAAUUUGAAACAAACCAAUUGUUUGCUGAAAACAGAGAAGUUGAGGUGUUGUCAUUACCUUAUAAAGACAGAUCUUACGCGUUGAACAUAUUUUUGCCCAAAAAGAGAUUUGGCCUGAAGGAGCUCAGAACUCAGUUGAAUGGGGCUGUAAUUUCGAAUCUGCUCACACAACUCAAACCUGAAUUUUUGACGAUAUCCAUUCCAAAAAUGAAAAUCGACACCGACUACAAACUCAAAGAAGCACUUAUGGCCAUGGGCGUCACUGAUCUUUUUUCAAAACGAGCCGAUCUCUCAGGGAUCUCAGACGUGCUGUUGUAUGUAUCCGAUGCAGCGCACAGAGCUCUCAUUGAGGUAAGCGAAGUUUGGGUGAUUACGUCAGCUUGUUGUCAUGUGCUUUAUAACCCUCGUUUUCUAUUUAUAUAGUU